AUGGCGGAGCAGGACGCCGGAGCGGAGGAGCCGCUCUCGAGUUUCGAGACAUUUGCUGAUGCAUAUCGCGCUGUUAAAAACUUGAGUUUCGCCGAGCAGCUUGACCCAGCGUCGGGCACUGCGCUCGUUUUCGCAGAUAUUUGUGCCGAGCGCGCGCAACUUGCCGAAGAAGUCCAUGCGGGCAUUCUUGCGCCCACGGCACCGCUUGAGGACUGGGACGUGGUCGAAUGGAACACAGAGAAACACACGUGGGGUCUGAUCCAGCUGCUUUUUGCCGAACGUCUUUUGGAUCCCCGGUCCACGACCCGCGACGAGGCACAGCACAUAUACGAGACGCCGCUGGACACAGUACAACGGGUACUGGACGCAGAUCCAGAGCUCAUGGAGCUUAAAAUUAUUCGCGAGUGGCUACAAGACCUGCUGCCAGUCCGGCAUGCGGUGGAAGUGCGCAAAGGCUACAUGCCCUUCACCAAGAAUGAUUUGCGCGCCAACAAACGGGUACAGACUUUGUCUGGCCAGCGUGGGAAUGAGCGUUUGGCUGAACAGCUGGAUCCAGAUGCAGCAACGCGCGGGCCCGGCACAUGGGACGUAGAAGACGCCAACUAUGAAAAGGCGCUUUUGCGCAACCUGUUUGAGUACGUGCGCGCCGGCGAGCUCGACAAGGCGCUCUAUUUGUGUGUGCAAGCCAGUCAGAUGUGGCGCGCUGCAUCGCUGCGCGGCGCACUCUUUUACCAUGACCCCCUCCUCUCCGCGGACGACGCCAAUGCCGCGCCCAUGGGCGAUCGCUUCCGCGGAAUUUGGCGCCAUGUAGCGAACAAAACGGCGUCAAACACAGCAUUGGAUCCGUAUGAGCGCGCGCUGUAUGGGUGCCUCUGCGGUAAUCUCGGCUCGGUGCUUAAUGUGAGUCAUACGUGGGAGGAAAGGCUCUGGGGCUACAUUAAUGCACGAUUUGAACAGCACUUGGACCAGGCACUGGCAAGUGCCACUCCUUCGUUGUUUGUUGCAGACAGCGUGCCGGCACACACGGUCAAGGCAGACAGUUCUGCUGAGGCAUCCGAGGGCCUGGAAUCCAUUUUUGAGCAGCUGCUGCAGUCGGAUACGCCCGGCCUACAGUCCUCCGCCGUGGAGCCUUACCACAUUGCGCAGCGCGCAGUGAUUACAAACCAUGUACCCGACCUUGUGUCGCGAAUAAAUGCGCGCCUAUCAGAGAUGGAAGCGCUUCCUCCCGCCCAGUAUGCGCGCUAUGUGCGCUUUUUUGCACACCUUGUGUUGUAUUGCCAUCUGGUGCACAUGCCGCUACCGAUUUCACUGCGAGCGCCCAUAUUGAAUGCAUACGUGAGUGUCUUGCAGCGCGCAAACCAAAGCAGCGAGCUGAUCGCGCUGUACGCGAGCAGUCUCGACACCGAGGACGCACACGUGGUUUACGCCGAGUUUCUUUGCUCCAUGGAUGGUGAUACGCCGCUGGAGGACCGCCGCAAUGCUAUUUUGCAAGCACAGCCAUACGGCCUGGAUCCCGCGAUUGUGGCACGGUGUGCUGUAGACAUGAUCUUUGCCGAGAUGCUUCCCCAGAUUGCACAACAAGGCAUGACGAGCGAAUGGGACGCUGCAUUGGGUGCCGACGAACGUCGACUUGUGUUGAGCAUCGACUGGCUCACCUUUUUUGACGCCACGUUCCCGGAUGCUGUGCUCCAAACGAAUCGCUUGCUCCGUAUCUUUAUGGUGACAGGGCGUCUGCACGCGGCGCAUCGUCUCUUGCAGCGCUUGCCGCACGAAUUGUUGAAUAUGAUUGCGGAUUUGGGCCUUCCCAUGGACCAACUCGUGGAGCUCGACCACUGGCGCAGCUACUUUGACGUGCUGGACAAGAACGUUGUGGUGCGUGGGCUAUGGGCUGAUUUGGCCAAGGCAGAUUCACGCACCGAGCAGCACGAAUGGCUCGCUGCACUGCGCUCUGCAACGGAAGCCGCGCGCAUUGCCAACAUGGAACUGCUGGAGCUUGGCUGGCUGCAUCUUGACAUCGAGGCUGUCUCCGAGGAGGAGGCGUGCCGGAUCGAGGAGCUGACGCUGGUUCGGAGACGGUAUAUCCCAGAGAUUGUGUUUAGCUUGCAUUUGAUGCUUGUGGAUACCAGCCAAGUGAUCCCCGAGAAUUUGGCGUACGCACUCGGGCUUUCCAACAUGGUAGCAGACGAGCGCCUCCGGCUGUAUGCAGAGUUUUCUGCGAUCGAUCCUGCGCCGGGCGAGGCGCGCAAUAUGCUACGAACAUACCUUGAGCACGUCCGUGAGGCUGCCCUAUUGGCAUUAGACCGCCACGAGGACGUGUUUGGGUGCGACAAACGUAUUCGCGCAUUGUAG